AUGGCUCACAACAAAGUUACUAUCAUCGGAUCUGGUCCAGCUGCUCACACUGCUGCCAUCUAUUUAGCAAGAGCUGAAAUUCCACCAACCUUAUAUGAAGGUAUGUUUGCCAAUGGUAUUGCUGCUGGUGGUCAAUUGACUACCACUACUGAAAUUGAAAACUUCCCAGGUUUCCCAGAUGCUUUAACUGGUAGUGAAUUGGUUGAAAGAAUGAAACAACAAUCUACUAAAUUUGGUACUACCGUCAUUACUGAAACUAUUUCUAAAGUUGAUUUAUCUUCAAGACCAUUCAAGCUAUGGACAGAAUUCAAUGAAGAUGCCGAACCAAUUACUACUGAUGCUCUAAUUAUUGCAACUGGUGCCUCUGCAAAGAGAAUGCAUAUCCCAGGUGAAGAAACUUAUUGGCAAAAGGGUAUCUCAGCUUGUGCUGUUUGUGAUGGUGCUGUUCCAAUCUUUAGAAACAAACCAUUAGCUGUCAUUGGUGGUGGUGACUCUGCUUGUGAAGAAGCUGAAUUUUUAACCAAAUACGGUUCAAAAGUUUACCUAUUAGUUAGAAAAGAUCACUUAAGAGCUUCCACAAUCAUGCAAAGACGUGUUGAAAAGAAUGAAAAGAUCGAAAUCUUAUAUGACACUGUUGCUUUAGAAGCCCAAGGUGAUUCCAAAUUACUACAAUCUUUGAAGAUUAAAAACGUCAAGACUGAUACUGAAUCUGAAUUACCAGUUAACGGUUUGUUCUACGCUAUUGGUCAUACACCAGCAACUCAAAUUGUUAAGGGUCAAAUUGACCAAGAUGAAGUCGGUUAUAUUAAAACCAUCCCAGGUACUUCUGAAACUUCCGUUCCUGGUGUAUUUGCAGCUGGUGAUGUCCAAGAUUCUAGAUACAGACAAGCUAUCACUUCUGCAGCUUCUGGUUGUAAAGCAGGUCUUGACGCAGAAAAAUAUUUGGGUUCAUUGGAAGAAUAA